AUGGCCCAAAGCAAGCUCACAAUCUUUGACCUCCCCCGCGAACUGCGCGAUGAGAUUUGGAUCCAAAUAGUGUCACACGACAUGCGCCUCAUCUCGGGACAGCACACGCCUUCUGACAUAUACAAGACGCCGGAAGCGUCUCGCCGGCACCUCACUGUGUUCAACCUCCUCCUCGUAAGCCGGGCGGUCAAGAGAGAAAUCAGAGAUGCAUUUCGCAAGCGCUGUAUAUUCACCUUUCACACGAGCACACUUCUUCUCUCCCUUUUGGAGUACGGCAGCAGUUCUUGGGGUGGCUCUAAGCUCUUGCCACACUCCCAAGGUACAGCUUAUAGCCCGACGCCCAAAAUCUUCUUUGAAAUGGGACAUGUCAGCAUUUUCCCCAAUGGUCCAGUAAACACCUAUAGAAGACGGGACGAUUCCUUUCACUGGUGUUCAAACGGAAGCCGGAGAAGGAAAAUGCACAGUCACGCAGCUCAUCCUCCUGGAUGGAAGACUCUGGACCCUGGUGCUGCGCGGUUGCUCAAUUUCAUGCACAAGUUUCCCUUGAAGCUACGUAGCUUGGAGAUGUCGGCCAUCUUGCUGCUUAAUAUUCGUGUUGUGCGGCAACUGAGGAGACUGCGAGGAGUCGACCUGCAUUUCGCAUUCAUACCGGAGGAAAUCGAGCUCCCAGACAAUGUGCUGGCAAUUGAAGAGAAGAAGUACCCCGUAAAGUGGCUCGCUGAGACUGCCGACACAAACAUUGUCUUGCCAAUCUACAGGACAGACUCAGAUAUUGAUCCAGUGUCAGUAGCGCCUCUCUCAUGCCUGGUCAUCGCUAUUCGCCACGAAGUUGCAAGCAGUAUAGUCGUAUCACGAUUUAUUCGCGGUGACGAGAACCAAGUAGAUGAUAAUCCACCGCUUUGGAUCGACUUCGAUGAUGAGAGAAUUGCGAGUAUCAAAGGCGUCAUAGCGACUUAUACCAUGGCAUCCCUAACACAGCCAACGUCAGGCUGGUAUAGAUAUUCGACACGAAACCCCGGCGUCAUCUGUCUCGAGAUGGCCGAAGAGCCACGCCCUCGUGGACCGCUUAAGCGAAAAAUGCUGAAACGUCAGCGGCAGGAACGGCUACGGGCUUGGGAUGACGAACGACUUCGUGCUGAACGGCUACGCCGCGAAAACUUGGAUUUGUCAAGAGCGAUGAGGAUCAACCACCUAGGUCUGGAGGACAUUGUCAUAGCCUACAGAUAG